AUGAGUACAGACGCACAAGUUCUUGCCAAGCCGACUUCGAGCCUUUGCUGCUUGAACGGCUCCAUUCAUGAGGGCCAGCCCAAGGGCGAGAUCUUGUCGAUCGAAGGUGUCGACUCCUAUAUUGCCAAGCCAGGGGAUGGCAAAGACAGUGGAAAUAUAAUAAUUUACUCUCCCGACGUCAACGGCUUUUAUAACAACGCCUUUCUCAUCAUGGAUGUUAUGGCUGAGCUUUCGGAGUGCCUGGUCCUGGGGAUCGAUUAUUUCAAAGGAUUCGACCCUUGGAAAUGGCAACAGGACCAUACUGACAAUCCCUCUCAAGAUGCCGUUUCCAUAGAGAUUACUCCAAAAUGGAUGAAAACCGUUCAUUCCAAGUAUGGCCGGAAAGGUCAGGCUAAGUUCGCUUGCUUCGGUUACUGCUGGGGAGCACCUUUUGUUUGCGAUCAACUCUCUGAGAGAGGCAUCUGUGUCGCCCGCGCUUUCGCCCAUCAUGCCAAUCUCAAUGACGCAAACUUUUCUGAUCUGACAAAGCCACUAUUGAUGUCACUCGCACAGAAAGAUGCAGUGUUCAAACGCGAUCAGCGCAAUGAAGUUGUGAAGAUUAUGGAAGACUGUGACAAAACAUUCCACGUCCAACUGUUCUCCAAAAUCAGCCACGGCUUUGCGGUGCAAAUAGGGAGCCUGCUAAUAAGCGUUCGCAGAUGGGUCAAGGAAAAAUCUUUGCAGGCUAUAGGACAACGGUUAAGCUAUUACUUGGCGGAAUCAAUUGAAAGUUCUGUAUCAUGA